AGUGUGAACAUUUACUCGCUGAGUUUUCUGUAAAAUUCUUGUUGUUGGACCAGUUUGGACUGAGGUGCGAUGCGAUGUAAAGCAAAUGCAGCAAUCAGUAUUGCUAUUUUAUCUUUCUGACCAUCUGGCUUGUGAGCAAGGGACCUCUGUACCCGGACAAUAUUUUCUGCAGGAACGACGAAGGGUGUGCAGUUAGCACAAGUCUAGGAAGCAACAGUCGCACUCGGAGACCUGUUGGAUCCUGUUGGACCCAGCGCACUGCCUCCCGGUGACGGUAGAAUGGAAACGGUUUGAGAAUAACUAAGAUUUAAUAACUGAGCAUCGAAACAUUAAAAAAUUCCUCAUCAAACAUGGCUGCUACGCAGGAUAACGUGACGUGUGCAGUCUGCAUGGAAGUUUACAGGUCACCGAGGUUUCUGCCCUGUUAUCACACCUUCUGUCUACCGUGUCUAGAGGAGCUGGCAAAGAGACAUGGAUACAUCAUCCCGUGUCCUACCUGUAGAGCUCCUGCUACUGUACCGCCAGGUGGUGUGUGUGAUCUACAAGUCAACUUCUACUUCACGGACGAAGCUUUAAAGGUGGUGCGUAAAGAGAAAAGCCAGUCCACGUGUCCUGUUCACACUAAAGAGUGUGUCAUAUUUUAUUGUACACAGUGUGACCAAGGUAUCUGUAUAAGAUGUAAACUGACUAAACACGAGGGACACACUACCGAAGAUCUCUCAGACACUGUCGCUCGUUGUAAGAAAACGAUUGAAGACAGACUUCAGUCCUUUAUGGACAACAUUUCACGAGGAAAAGACAAGUUGGAGUCUUGUAAACGAAACGAAAAGUUAGCCCUAGACAAGCGAGCUGCAGUAAGGGAACAGAUUCAAAUCCGGUAUGACGUCAUUGUCGCCAUGGCAGCAAAAUAUCGCGAUGAAGCGCUGCAAGAACUUCAGACAACUUGCGAUGAUGUGGAGAAAGGUCUGACCGCCGACAUACAGCGAGUACAAGACGAACUCAACUCUCUGCUCCAACUUCAGGACCUCGCUCAACGGGCGCUGAGUUCCACCUGUGACACGGAGGUCCUGCAGGUGGAGAGAGAGAUGAGAGGUAGACAAAUAAGCGACACUCCACUGGUGCUGUCUGACCAGAUUUACCUCCCUGUACUCCAUGGUGACUUCUAUAACUACAUUGAGGACCGCUACAUGAAAACAUUUAUCGGGUCACCAGUCAAACAGAGUUUCCAAACUAAGAAAGCCGAAGACAUCGUUCGAGUGGGUCGAUCUGGCGAUAGAGGAUGUGGGGAAGUGCAUGCCCUGCUGCAGUGGGAGAACGGAGGUAUUGAUGUAUAUUAUGGGGGAACAGGAGGCGACUACUCCAAAGAGAAAAGAAUGUAUUUUAACUCUGACGGUUCUAGACAAAUUGAGACAGACUACGGAACGCGGAUAUCAUGCGUUUCACGAAAAGGUAACAUCUGGACAUGGCAGUAUCCAACAUCGUGUAACCUUGGUUCUAAGAAUAAAAGUAUGCAUUCUUUAAUGCAGAAUUUCGCAACAGGUGAAUCUUAUAUAUGCUCAAUGAAGUGGGAGCAAAAAGAUGGAAAAGAAACAUACUCGGCAGGUCCUACUUUAAGUCACCCAAAGGUAAACAGAGCACAAAACUUUGAUUCAAACGAGCAAGGAACGCUCUUUGCUGUAGUAGAGGAAGAGAAAGAGAAGAACUCAGAUGAUAAAUCAAUGAAGACAAACAACAGUAAAGCGGACAGCCGACGUUCCCGUGUUGUACGUCUGUAUUCUAUAAAAUGUAACGACCCCAUACAGACCUACACGUCACCCAUACAACCCUUCUUCCCAACAGACGUCUGCUUUUGUGGCAAUGAUUUGCUGCUGAUCGCUGAUUGGAUGAACGAUUGUGUGCACGUGACAAGAAUAUCAGACCUGGACAUCACUUUCGACAGUUACCUGCCGGGCAGUGGUGACAUGGUGCGGCCCACAGCUCUGAACCUUGAUCUUAACGGUCAGCUGCUGAUUGGAUGUGGCGAUGGAUUUGUCUUUAGAGUACCUGUCAACUACUAGGAAAUACUUCCUGAUAGCGUUUUGUUUAAACUGUAGAAUAUUAUUAGGCAGUAUAUGACAAUGAAACCCACAGAACACAAGGUACAAAAUAGUUAAAAGGAACCAUUUAAAUGUUAAUGCGCAAAAUGUAUGUCAACAAUUAAGCAUUGAUGCCUUGAAAGAAUUGCGCAGAACAGCAGCACAGCAAAGAAUCUCUGAACUAUUUUAUUUAUCAUACAUUGAGAAACAUUGACAAAUUGUGACCCGACUAUGCCAAUUUUAUUGCGCAAGAAGUUUAUUAUUCUUUUUUAGUACGAUGUGGCAAAGCACUAAAAUGAUUGAGCAAUAGAUAUAUUCCGUAAGUCUUUGGAGACUGUAUGUGUGUUAAAUAUAUAUACUACAAGGAGAAUAUAGAAGAUGAAGGAGUAGUUUAUGCAACAGAUGGAGGAGAUUUUUAUGCCAAUGAAUGCUUGUAAUUCAAGUCAAUAACCUUAAAAGUUAAGAGGCAAAGAGGACGUUGUAACCUUUCAAGAAUUUCAAAGAGAUUAAAGAGAUUUUAGUGUAUACUAUACAAGCGCAUUUUACACACUACUAGAAGUAUUAGU